AUGGUUCCUGCACUGAGAAAGAUCCUGAUCAUCAACCCAAAUUCGACGAAAUCCAUGACAGAUGCGCUCAAGCCGCUGGUUGAUUCUUUGGGCUAUUCAUCGACACAACACACAUAUUUCACGGCACCUUCAGGACCAGCAUCGAUCAAUAAUGAAGACGAUGCGGCAGAGUCGGCGAGACAUUGUUUAGAACCCCUACUUCCGCUGCUCGAAACACAUGACGCUUUCCUCGUCUGCUGUUAUUCGGCACAUCCCCUGGUCGGACAACUCAAGGCGAGACCGGAGAUUGCUGGUCGUCGCAAGCCGGUGACUGGUAUCUUUGAAGCAUCCAUCAGCAGCAGCUUACAGGCAAUCGGACCUGGUGAGCGAUUUGGCAUUGUGAGCACGGGUAAGGUAUGGGAAGCGACAUUACGCGAAGCUGUGGACAACUAUCUAGGUGUCGAGGACAACACCGAGGGCAGUGCGGCAUUUGCUGGAGUGCAGACAACGGGGCUCAAUGCCACAGAACUGCAUGACACGUCGCCAGUCGAGGUCCGUAGCCGUAUGAAGAAGGCAGUGGCGAGACUGUUGAGAGAUGAUAGUGGAGGCCCGGUCGGAGCGGUAUGUCUUGGAUGCGCAGGUAUGGCAGGGUUCGGUGACAUGGUCAGAGAAGCAGCGAUUGAGACACUGGGUCACGGUCAAGGAUCAAAGGUGCGCAUUGUCGAUGGCGUUGUAGCCGGCGUGACGUGGCUUGAAGGAGCUCUACGAUCAGGAAUGUAG